AUGAAUUCAUUUUUUCCAGAUGCUACAAGUUCAGUUGCCGCAAGCACUACAUUGGCUUCUUCCUUCUCCUCAUCAUCAUCAUCAUCAUCCUCAUCUUCAUCCACAUCGUCAAUAUUAGCAUCAGUGCACAGUCGUCGACGUAAAUCGACAUCACCUUCCAGCCCAGAAAACAAACAAUUGGAAGAAUGCUGUGGAACAAAACGAUUUCGAAGUACGAGUAGUCAGGAUAAAACUAACGUCACUGCUACCAGUGUCAAGAACAAAGGAAAAAAUAAUGCUUAUAGUAUAACUAAAUUGCUGGAAAAAAAAGAACCGAGUAGCAGUCGAGCCAGUAGCUCAUCGACAAGUGAUGAUGAUAAUGUAGGGACCGGUCGAUGUCAUUCAACGGAUGAUAAUGGCAAUCGGUGUCCGGAUCUGUCAGAAUUCGGACGUGUUGUCACAUGGCCGCAUUUUCUCGCAGCUGGACCAUCAGCCUUCACAAUCCCUCAUGCUGCUAGUUCAUUAAUGGAUUCAAAUUCAUUUGCUAACGCUAUUGCCUCUGCUGCUGUCACCGUUGAUGGACAAGAGAUAUCUCAAGUCCAACAGAUUCAGAAUGCCUAUCUGUCUUACAUCCUCGGUACAUCGAUGACAGCUGCUGCUUCAGGGACACCGGUGAUACCCCAUCACCACCCCCUUCAUAUCAUGGUAGCGCCAUCGGAUACUGUGAGUAGGCCAGGUCCAUUCGGUCUCUUCCAGCUUCCAGCAACAUCAACCUCUACAGCGGCCGAUGUUGUUCGUUUGUCAGCAACUCCCGUACCGAAUUCCAUGUGCUUGUCACCAAAUUCAUUAUCUUUAAAUAAGAAGCAGUCAAGGCCCACAUUUACCGGUCAUCAGAUUUUCAUGCUGGAGAAGAAGUUCGAGCAAACGAAAUAUCUGGCCGGAUCGGACCGGGCUCAACUCGCUCAAGAACUAAGCAUGAGCGAAAGUCAAGUGAAAGUGUGGUUCCAGAAUCGACGCACAAAAUGGCGCAAAAAAGAGGCAGCAGACAACGCGUUGGUGAAACGUGGUGAAACACUCGAUUCUACGGGACGUUCACAACAGUUGCAUGGCCUGACGUCGUUCUUAUCACCAUCCAGUUGA